AUGAAAGAUCUGGCUCGGGAACUGAAACGGGAUAAAGCAAAUGUGAGUCUCAUCAGUUUGUGGUCCAACGCGGUGCGCACGGAAGAAUUUGACACAGCAACUACCGAAACAAACAAAAUAAUCAAGAUGAACGAGUGGCUUCAUGUGAACAUGGACGAGGCAUGUUCACCGGAUUUCGUCGGCCAAGUGGUAGUCAAGCUGGCAACCGAGCCGUCCAAAAAGAUCAUGGCCCGAUCUGGAGAGGUGUGCCUCACCUCAGACUUGGCUUUACAAUACAAUCUAAGUGAAGCCGAUGGUCGUGUGCCUGCUCAUGCGAGAUCAUUGCGAAAUUUAUUAAUUUCUGCCGGCUAUCCAUCGGGAAAAUUCAUUCCCAGUUUUGUGCUCGCAACUCCAGGAUUGUAUCAUCACAUGAUCAGUCACCAAUAG